GACAUCUAGAUAAAGCAAAUAUGGCAAAAUCAGCUAUUGACUCUAGAUACGUCUGCUCACUGAAUCUUUCAAAUUUUCUAUUUGAAAUUUUUGAUAAGGAAGAACUGGGAAAUAUAUUGACCAAGAAAAUGUUUAUAUUGUUUACUGAAAUAUUGCUUGAAUAUCCCAUUUGUGUAAAACGUCAAAUAGUUGUGCAUGUUAUCUAAGGUAGAUGAGGCUGUGUGUGAUAAUCUGUUUUUUUCAGUUUGUGUGUAUUUUUACUCAUCUAACAACUUUGUGUAUUGCAAGUGUCAACUGAAAAAGAAUGCACAACCUAAAAGUUGAGAGUUAUGUUUUAUGAGGCUGACAUUCUUAAGACUUCAAGCCGGGGAGGCAGCAUCUCAAGUAACCCUGAGAAAACUGCUCUGAGGAGGCGAGGGGCAAGCCAGGAUAUAUAGUAGUUUUGCAACAAAGGGCAGGUAGUCGGAACAAAAGAUUAUCGUUAAUAAUAAUAAUAAAAAACUAGGUAUCUCAAGUUAAGGAAUUUAGCGCUUUUCUACGUAUGGGAAGAUGCAAGAGUCUGGGCUCACUGAAACCAUUCCUUUGAUACGCACCUCAGCGAUCUGGGGCCAGUAUCCUGUGUUUUCGAGUGUCCUCAGGUCUCACUGUGGGGAGUGGCUGCAAUCCGAUGGCUGCUAGAUGGCAGGUAUUCUUUGUUUCCUUUCUAAGUUCCCUCAGGGCUCACCGGCUCACCCUCGGAGGUGGCUGCAAUUGUUGAUGACUAUGACCGUUGAUGACUAUGACAUCCUUUGUUUACUGACAUGGCAGGCAAUAUUCCAUUUCUCACAAGUAAUUUUGAGAAGCUGGCAUCAUCACACUUUAUCAUGAUUACUACUACCGCCAAUGCCACCAGCACUGGGCUGCUGUGCCUUCCUGGGAGAAGCCCUGCUACCACCAGGUCCUGAUUCCUAGGAACAAAGCGGAUCUUGUGAGGUAAAGAGGAAUCCCACCUGGAAGAUGGCUCAUGUGAGUGGAGACCUUCCACCAGGGCUGCAGAACAGAGGAGGAUCAAGGCCAAGAAAGAGCAGACCCUAGAUUUGCACAGCCGAUUGCACCAUGCACCAUGUGAUCGUUGUGCUCUGCAAGCCACCUGUCAGACUGUGAGAACCUGAGUGCCUGAGGGGGCCUCACCCUAUGCCCUUUAUCACCCGUGACAUUGAGAGACGUGGAUGCUUCCUCCAUCCUGACUUCACAGACACAGGAAGUAGUGAAGGAAAGAGCUUCCUGGACUACUUGUUUCUGCCUAGGAUGAAAGAUGAAAACCACUGAGCCCAAGAGGAUGAAUGACCAGGUCAUCCCAUUCGUAGCAACCUAGCCAAUAGUCAGAUUUUCCGACAUAGUUAAGUCAAACCCAGUUUCUAUUAAAAGACUGAGAAACUACUGCCAAGGUAGUUCAGGACCAAAAGAUGUUCUACAGGAGGACAUUUUAUCCUGCUAGUGUGUGGAGCUUAUAGGUAGGAGAAUCCAGGAGAUGCAAGGCAGAUCAGAUCUCUUGUGAUCUAUUCUUUCUUCCUCCAGCCCAACUUUGUAGUUCACUAUGUGUUUCCUCGAUCCACAGAAAAUGAACAGAUCUCAGGUGGUUUGUUUAUUUUUUCCCUCCUUUGUUUACAGUGUCUUACAUGAGACUUUUUAGGGUUAGUAGGUUAGAAUGGAAAUAUAGAAAUAGAUGAAAGUCAACUUCAGGGAUAAUAGGAAUGAUAUCAGGAUGAAGUACUAUGCAGUUAUAUGCAGGUUAUAUGCUAUUACUAGACUAUUCUGUGCUAUCAUUGACCGAAUUUGUCUGAUUUUUCUGAUAGUCAGAAAAAAUGCAGAUGUUCUUUGUUACAUGAUUUGCAUUGGCCCUUAAAGAAAUCAUCAUGUGAAUUCCUCAUGAGGCAUUAAGAAUUCUAAAGAAAAUGUUCCUUUCCUAAUCUUACUGUAGGUAACAUAGUGAAUAAUCUUUCAGUGACUAUGGGAAAUGGGUGUAGCCAGCUGCUUGUAAUUGCUCCUCAGGGGAAGCAGGACACUUUGUGUCAAAGGAGAACUCAGUCAAUUGAGGUUUCCAGGGGCUUCUCACCAUGGUCUUGUAGACCUCUUCCUCAUGGUCCCACUUGAUCCGGGCAUAGAACCAGGGAUAUCUGCAAGAAAGAAUGGAUUAUGUCACCUUCAGAUAAUCUUCUCUAAUAUUAUGUAUAGAUUGUGCUGCAGAUAGAUUAAAGUUGUAUUUUCUGGCACACGCUUCCCCAGUGCCCUUUUACGUUUCAAAGUGCAUCACUUGUUGGAUCUGUAUGGUGAGGAACACCGGUAACCUUAUUAUGACAAAUGUCAUUGAUCUUAUAGUAUUUGCCUUAAUUAAGCAUUCUAUCCAGUUGACACUCAUGUUCAGUCCCUCCUAGAAAGUGUUGAUUGGUUUCUGGUCUCUUCCUCUGUGAUGAUUUCUUUUCUGUUUUCUCAAUGGAGUCUUCUUCCUCUUCUUGCCUCUUAUUACUGCUUCUCCCAAGGUGUCCAUUAUUGGUCCCCUAUUGUCCUCACUCUCCUGGUCUUGCUGAGUGAUCUGUUUUCCUGUCUGGGGAUGCAUCAUUUGCUGGGAUGCUUUUCUGGCUCUCCAGCCCAGACCUCUCCCCUACCUUAGACCCAAAUGGCCAACUCUCUGCUGGACAUCUCUGUAUAGCUCUUCUAAAGGCCCGUCAUACUCUACAAUCCAAAAGGAAAGUUGUUAUUAACAGCUCCCCCCACUUUCUCCUUUAUUUCCCAUCAAAUGUUAUCACCAGCCAGUCCAUCAUCCCAGUGAAAAACCCAGUAUCUAUUUCUAAGUGCUGUCCUUUACCUGCUACCCGCAUAUCCAGUCAGUGAUCAAAUCUUGUUACAUUCAAUUUGUUAAUAUUUCUUUCUUUUUUUGAAAUUGAAAUAAAGCGCACACAGAUCCUCGGGGUACAACUUGAUGAAUUUUUCAUAUGUGCUACAGCUGGAUAGCUAUCACCCAGCUCAAGAUAAAGGCCAUUUUCUGUACCACAGAAGUCUUCUUUUCUUUCCAAGACUGUACUUGCCCACUCAUUCAAAGGUAUUGUGUUACCAAACCAGAGGUGAUUUUCAAAUUGGAGCAAGGAGAAGAGCCAUGGAUGUUAGAGGAAGAGUCCCAAAGUCAGAGCCACCCAGUUGACCUGAUGGAGAAGAGCCAGGAAAAGGAAGACCAGCAUUGGUGGAAAGUUGAUUUUGUCAACAACAAAACACUGACUAAAGAGAGAAAUAGUGUAUUAGGAAAAGCAUUUUCUCUGGGUACAAACUCUAUUUUAUCAAGAAAAAUACCUGGUAAAUAUGACUCAUAUGGAAUGAAUUUGGAUUCUCUUUCAGAACUAAUCAUUAGUAAUAGACACUCCUUUGUAAGGCAGCCUUAUGAGUUUAAUACACAUGGGAAAUUACUCCUCUGUACAAAGCACAGUCAUUCUAGAGAGAAAUCUUUAGAAUAUGAUAGAACUGGAAAAGCCAUUAGUCAAAAUAAGGACAUAUUUCAGCAUCAAGAUACUCAAACUCUGAAGCUUUCUUCUGAAUAUAGUGAAUGUGGGAAAGCCUUCAAUGAGGGGGCAACUUUCAUUACCCAUAAGAGAGCAAGCUCAUGGGAGAAGCCCUAUGGAGGUAAUGAACAUGUCAAAGCCUUUUCUGAUAGACCAACAUUCAUCAGGGAACUCAUACAAGGGAGAAUCACUAUGAAUUGAAUGAUUGUGGGAGGUGGUCUGUUGGUGAGA